AUGCUUUCCUUCCUUCAGAGUCCCCAGGAUCCCUAUAUCAGUGUCGGCCUGAACAACCUCGUGGCCAAAGAGACGCAUGUAGAGCUUGACAACAGGAGGAUCGGCUCGCCAAGUCCAACAGAAAAGCAGAGGUACAACCUCUGGCCCGUCAUCAAGAAGGCUGUUUCUUCCAACCUCAUAGAAAGCAGUGGCAAAAUCGCCCAUAAAUUGACGUCCAGUCAAUCAAGCCCUUCACUUCGAGAGUCUGAGUCACCGUUGUCAUUUGAUGACCUUUCAAGACCAAAGCUGCAAAAGGAGGAAUCACUCUCAGACCGACGAAAUAUCAAUAUUCCUGAGCUAGGAAUAGCACCAAUGGCCACCUUUCAAAGAAAUUAUAUGGAUUCCCUGCCCCGGGAGCUUCAGCGACCCGGAAUCCUUUUCAGGACACUCUGCUCGCACCUGUUGCCGAACCUUGCAUUCUGUUUCCGGAAGAUCCCCCGACUGGACAAAGAGUCUUCAAAGAACUCAGAUGACUUGAGGGGGACAACGAAUAAACAGUCGGAAACAGAGCUCGAAAAACCUCCAGCCGUCCCGCCAAAGUCUCCCCGGAUGAUGGGUCGUUCUCCUUCUGUAAGUCAGCGAGGUGUAGCAUCCAAGUACACUUCGCCAGCGAGAAAAGCGCCCUCGUCGAUCGACAAAAAUUCUACCGUCAGAAAUGCGUCGACAGAUACUGGAUCUCCGAACACGACACAUGUCGCGACUCAAUUGCGGAAUCCAUUGACACGCCCCAGAGCAGCUACUGCCAUGGACUUCCGGCCCUCAGAAGGUCCUUCCUCACGAGUUCACCAGCGUAGUGAAAGCGCUUCAGCCGCAGCAGGCUCCGCAAGUGAAACAUCAGAGCGAUUCCUAGCACGAAAUACACACAAGAAGGAGCUCUCAGAGACCUCAAUUAUGGACCGUGGUCGGCCGACAAAACGCCGCAAUCCCAGCAAAGACAGAACAAUCAAAGAGCUUCCCUCCGCAGAGUACAUAGCAGCCAAACCUCUGCCUUCAGGAGUCAUCCCAUCGGAAGCAGCGUCCGUUUUCUCAAUCGCAGACCUGGAAAGACUGCAAGAUCAAGCAAGAGGACAGGCUGAGAAGUUCGAGGUUCUAAAAUAUCGCGACGUCAAAGCGCUCUCCCAGUCUAUCGACGAAUGGAUCACGAAGCUGGAGCACUUUGAGAACCGUCGAACUCGCGUCCGUCAAAAGCUAUUGGAACACGUUGCUGCAGCUUUGAUGCUGCAGACGACUCCACAGUCCCAGGCUUCUGAACAGCAGACCCCUCCCCGGAGCCCAGUCAACAAUGAGGAGAAUGGAGUGGAUAUGAGCCGCCAAGAAUCCAUCAAAAUCUAUGCAGACUCGAAAGUCUACGCGGACGCCAGUGUACAUGCGCUUUUUGCGGAAAUUGAAAAAGAGAUGGAACGCAUGAAUGAGUCAAGGAACGCUCCUUCUAGCCAGGAGAGUCAGGCAGCUGCCUAG